AUGGCUAAUAUGAAGAACUUAUUCCUUGGACUCGCUCUUCUCGUUUUAUCGGAGGUGCAUGCUGAGGACGUCUUGGACAAUUCUUGCAAAGAACUGAUUAAAAUUGAGAAUUUAAACAAGGCAUGCUGCAAACAAAGAACAGUUUGGAUCGACGGGGAGUCACCGGAAUUUGAAAGAUGUAAAAAUAUAAAGAACGACACUAAAGAGGGCUUGUGUGCCUACAUUGUAUGUGCCUACGAAGAAUUAGGUUUUAUAAAAGAUGGCAAGAUCCUAAAUGACAUAUUACCAAAGAAUGCUAGUAAAGAUCCGUUUUUCACUGGACUAAAGCGCAGGUGUUUUGGAGGCGAUAACCUACCUAUCACUCUUACCAAAUGCGAAAACGUCGCUGCUCUUGCUGUUUGCAUG